AUGGCACGUCUCACAUGCAGUCCAGUCACCAGCUUACCCGUUUCUGGCACGGAGAAGCAGCGAACGCUUCUCAGCGAGUUCUCACGCAAAGAGCAGCAUUUCAAUGAGGAGUACCAGAAGAACAAGCCACUCUGUUUCAGCGCGAAGAGCUACCAGCGCACACAUCCCAAGAAGCUCAGCUUGGGACACAAGGACGCCGAUGCGACCCUGGCUUCGCCAAUGAUCUUGGGAGUGGCGGAUGGAGUGUCCCAGCUCGAGGAGUUUGGGAUGGACGCCUCGCAGCUUCCCCGCGAGCUGCUUCGGAUCUGCGAGGAUCUUGGGAUGAACCAGCUGAUCCCGGACCGGCAGGUGAACCCACAGGAAGCCUACCAGGGGCCUGUGUCCUUGCUGAAGGAGGCCUACGAGGAGACCGAAAGCAUGGGUUCUACCACCAUCCUGCUUGCAGUCCUUGACAACAGCACGAAGAUUCAUGGAAAGCUACACCCCAUGGUCGCGGUGCUCACGAUAGGUGACUGCGAGCUCUUGAUGCUGCGAAGAUUAGACGGUCGGCAGUCUCCUUUGCAAGCCGUCUUCCAUACAGAAAUGCAGCGCAUUGAUGGACACUCGCAAACGCCAUUGCAGCUGGCUCGGGUCGAUGAUCGGGUAGAUCCCGAUUUCGACGAGGAGCUGGCGCUGGAGGUCAUCGAGCGAGGCAGUGCUGUUCAUUGCGUGUCGGCUUACGAGGGCGACAUCAUCAUUCUCGGAAGCGACGGAAUUUUCGACAACCUGUUCCUGGAAGAGAUUGUCGACAUUGUCAACGAGUCUUUGCCGGCACCCAAAGCCGGUAGCUUUGUGGCAACCCAGCCGAGCCUUUUGAGCCUUUUGGCCAAGCGCCUCGUCGACGAAGCGCACAGCAAGUCCGAGGUUGGCCGCCACGGCCUCCCAGACACGCCCAUCGGUCUGGGAGGGAAGAUGGAUGACACCUCGGUGGUUGUGGGAGAGGUGGUCGAGUGGACACGUGCUCACAGCGAGGUCUGGGCUCAGAUUGUGGACCGUCGGUCCUUGUUGGAAAUUUCACACUUUCGCUUCCCGCUUUCUACCCUGCGACCGGUGAUCAUGUCGUUCACUCCCGUGGCCGAUGUUGACGAGGUCUUGGCCUCCAGCAUGGAGACCGUGGAGAGCUUGGUGCCCCCCCGUGACACCGGGGACAGUGAUCAAGAAUGGGAGAGGGUCGACGCUGAGGUGAUGGUUGCCCGUGCUACCUUAGCACACAAUCUCGCGGCCCAUGAGGAUGAAGUGGCGAACAACACUUUGGCCUCGUUCACCUCCCUGGAUGUGGAUGACACACCCUUGGACAAGAAACUCCAGGAGAUGGAUGCUGCCCUGGCCCGUCUCAUGUCAAAAGGGGACGAGAAGGUGGAGGUCAAGGAGGAGGCUCCACCGACAGGCGACUUUGUCCCUGAGGUGGGCCCCUCCGCGCAUGACAAAUCGACCGCCAUGGACAUGGACCCCGCCGAUGCCCUUCUCCAGGAUGAAAAGCACAAUAUGCAGGGCUGCAUGGAAUGGAGUAUGAUGCGGACGAUGCCCUCUGGCACCCUGGAGGAGACGGAAGAGAUCGCCGCCUUGUUCUCCAAACUUAAGACGGAGACCUGGACCAGACCAGCGGUGGAGAGGGUGCUCGAGGUGUACCAGAUUUACAAGCGGCAGAUAGCACAGGAAAAGAUGCUGGUUGCCCCCUUCAACAAUUCCCGAGCAGGGGUUGGUCACGGAAGCUUGGGGCAGCUAAACCCGGGCAGCACGGGGGCUAAGCUCAUGUGCCCCAUCUGUUUUUCGGACUGCCUGCGACCGGACAACAAGGUGGAGGGCAAGUGUAAGCUAUGCCAGAAAAAUGUCAUCGCAGUGGACAAGGGCCCCCCGUCGGCAGAGCUCAAACUUGGCACAUCCUCCUGGGUUAUGUUCUGCGGCCCUGAGGGUGUGACCUGGCACACCGAUGCUGAUGAGGCACAGAAAGAAGCCGCAUCAGUGGAUAUUGGCUCCUGGGCCCAGCCGCCACCCCGGCCGACAGAUCAGACGGAGCUCAGCUUCGCCGACCAGGACUGGCAACCCAGUCAAGAGACCCGCGCCUUCCACGCGCAGCUGGCCGCGGCUAUGGAAAUCCAGAAGAAUAAGAGAGCAGGGCCGGUGGAUCGGCGCCCCAGCAAAGACACGGAGGAAUUUUUCGCGGCCCAGACCUCCUGGGAGGAAGCCAAGGCCUCAAACAAGCGGAUGCAGGAGGAGGGCGAGAUUCGCGCCAGGCUCCUCAAACCGGUGGUGGAGUCCAUUGACACCUGGGGCCCCAUGCUCCGCGCCGCCCUCGAAAUGAAUGUCUUCAACCCGGACACGCCACUCAAGGACAUGGAGCUUGACCACAUCGAGGCCUGGACAGGUGCCUUUGGCCCUGAGGAGCAGACCCCGGAAGCAGUCCUGGGUGUGCCUGUUGGGUCAAUAGAGUACCAGAUUCUGCGCCUCAAGCGCAUCAUCGAGCUGCGCCUGGGGGAGCAGAGGAUGAUUGGGGGCAAGUGGAAGAAGGUGCAGGGGCCCUUGGUGGCUCCUACCUGGGCAAAGCCUCUCCCUGAGGCCGAGCAGUUGACGCUGGAGAUGAGGACACACCCCUGCACCUUCAGGAGCGCCUUCUUCGAGCCGAUCGCCUUGACCAUGCAGGAGAUCGAGGCGCAGAUUGCCAUGAGUAACAGGCCCGUCCUGAAGAACAUUGUGGGCCCCUUCCAUGCCAAGGAUGAUGAUGACACUUUCCACUGGCAAAAGGAGGUUCAAACCUGGGACCUGGUAAGCCUUUUCAGUUCCUUUGGCCACAGCCACACGGCCCGACACGUAUAUGCGGUCUGGAGCCACUUGCCCAUCACAAUUCGAGCCCUUCUUCGCGGGGCGAAGAACAAAGAAUCGAACAACCAGCGCCGGGACGAUUACAGGGCGAUCCAGAAAGAGGCCAAGGAGUUUGUGAUCCUUCACGACCUCCCCGCGCCCACCACGGACUUGGAAUGGAAGCAGCUUUACCGAGAGAUGGGCUCCUUCUUUGCGGCCAAGGUCUUUGUUCUGGACCUGCCUGUGUCGGACAUCCACGACUCCAAGUUCCCCGACAUCUACAACACGCUCUCCACCUCCCUGGGCCAGGAGGGGCUCAACCUGGGGGAAAAGGACACCUCAGCUGCCUUUGGCGCUGAAAGGAUCAUCCUGGACCCCUUGGCGGCGGAACAGGAGCUCUCGCUGCCGCCCAUCACCCCGGACAACGUCUCCAGCGUCGCCUCCGAGGACUAUAAGCGCAAGAUCGCCAAGGACAAGGCGGCCCAUGUCUUCUGGGCUCGGAUGGAUUGCGGCUUGGUCUUGAGCUCGGUUUCCACUUCAAAGAUCGUGGACAAAAAGAAGGGGGAGACUCGGGGCGGAUAUGUCUGCCGCCAUUGCCGUGGAUUCUGGCGCGGGAAUACGGGCUCCAGUCGUUUCCUCUUGAUCACGGGGGAACACAAAGGCAAAUCCGCGCAACUCCAGCCUAUCCUUGACGAGUCCCGCAAACCCUCUACGAGGUUCAGCAAAACGAACCUCCUGGGCAACGUCUCCGACCUGAUCUGG